CAAGACAACUCGGAUGUUUUCCGACCUCGUCCUUGAAAAGUGCAGUGGACGCAAACUACAGACGGGGUUCGAACUUGUGAACUCAGGAAAAAACUCAACAACCUGUAGUUCACGGAGCGGCAGUUGUCUGACGUCACACAACAAUGAAGGCGCUCAUGGAGACGUAGGACGUGUAUCUGCGGCCAAGUGUAAUCAAUAUACAUGUUUGUGUGUGGACGGAAGCUGCUCUGGUCACGUGACUCUCCCCACGCGACAAACAUUCCCACGGUCACACGCUUGUUUACCUUUUCGUCAUCACUGUGCGCUGGAACGUUUCCUGUAACGCAGGAGUUCGAGUCUGAUCACUUGUGACGUCACCUGUCCGUCAACAUGGAGGGGACGUGUGCAGGGGAUGGGAAGACACGGAGGUCAGGGAACUUGAGGAGGCCCCUGAGCACGGCGCAGAGGUUCACGUGCACGCGCCCGUCCGUCAACGCUGAGCAACACUGUGAACUGCUGGGUUUCCUCCCUCAGAACUACCAGUACCAUGUGUGCCGGUACAGAGCUGUGAGCCAAUCAGAAGCCGGCCCUGUCAGCUUCGAGGCCACGGUGAGGAUGACCCUGAGGUCGAAGGAGGACAUCCAGCUGUGGCUCAGGUCCAUGGCGGUCACAUGGCGAGUGGCCCACACCCGGCCCACCACAGGCUGCCGGAUCCUCUUCAAGGCGGACUACAGGUGUCAGUACAACACACAACCCCGAGACAAACUGACCAGGGCGACCAAGAACACCGACUGUCCGGCCAAGCUGAAGGUGACGCUGGUCCGUGCCGAGGCGUCCAGAGGUCAACGCAGCAGGAACACGGAUCCUCACAUCCCAGAAUACCCCACGCUCGUCCACAUCAGCAACAUCCACAAUCACAGCGUCCGCACGGCGAGUUCAGGAACGACCACGCCAGCCGCUGACGCACCACCAGAUGUCUUUGACAGGAAGGAGUGGAGCUCCAUGAUCGGAGAGUUUUCGGCCGUGGCUCAGAGCAGUGCCGGGUUCCAACGAGCGGCUGUAGCCAUGAUGAAGACCUUCCACGCGCUGAAGGGGAAUCCCUCCAUGCUGCAGUCGGCCAUGCACACGUUUGGCCACAAUGGCGCCCCCGGCCUGGCAUCACGGACCCUCCCACGCAGCGCACGGCCCUCCUCCAUGUUCCACAGAAAGGUCCAGCUCGAGGGGGGGCGCAGACCCACGGCCAGGAGGCCGAAGAAGGUCGUUACCACACCGGACUCUCAAAGCUCAACAUCGACAGCUGACAUGUUCUGCAGCGAGCGAACAUAACAUACAUGUAACCCCCCCCCCCCCCACCCCAUGGCUGAGAGCAGUCAGUGGAUUACCUCCAUCAACACAUGAACAGAUGAAACUACAUCUGGGUCUUUCUGUUACACUAUGAGAUCAAACUUGACAAUCUGACAUUUUCACAGGAGAGACAUUUAUGAGUGAAACCGUUUUCAGAAAUGAACUCUGUAAAUGUUGUGUGUACGGGUCAUUGUGACGUUGUGUAUUAGAAGAGAACAAAAAUGACUUAUCCCAAAAAAUAACAAAGGAAACUGUAAGUAAGGAUUUGUGAUGUUAAUCGGGGAAAAGCUGAAACACUGAACGAUGAAAUUGAUGAAACUGCAAAGAUAUAGAAAAUAAAAACCUUGGACCCUUGUUGUUUAUCAGAGGGUUAAGCUGAAAGAA